AUGCUACAAGCGCAAAGAAUUAUUCUUGCAGUCAUUCUACUGUCGCUAGUAGCAGAAUUAACGAAUAGCCAAACAUGUUCAUACAUGUGGGAUCCAAUUUUCGAACUGAACUCAAACAAUCCACCGGAAAUGUGUGAUGUGAGCACAACAAGUGGUUCGUCAUGUACUUUUCCAUUCAAUUAUAACGGGAUUACGUACAAAACCUGUACUAUUUUUGGUCCAAAUAAUGGUAAUUUUCGACCACAAUGUGCUAUCACAGUGAAUUCAAAUAGGACUGCAGUUACAUGGUCAUUUUGUCAGGUACCUACUGAUGCAGUUAUUUUCUAUUCAACUGUUCGUAAAGGUGGUUAUUGGACACAAAAUGGUGGUAGUACACAAGGUGGUACUAUGAUAUGGAUAUAUGGUAAUCGAUUUGCACAAAAUGGUUUUAAUUCAGUACCAUCAAUAACAAAUACAAAUACUGUACAAUUAGUUGAUAGUUAUUCUGUUUAUGAUUGUGAAAUGCAUAAUGAUAAAACAACAAAUACACAAUUAACUUGUUAUGCACCAUCAUUACCUGAAAGUCUUUAUCAAAUUCGAGUUUCUGUUAAUGGUAAUUUAAUUCCACUCUAUCAAUAUUAUGAUUCAAAUCGUGCACUUUUUUCAUCAAUGCCAAGUCAAACACCAACUAUUACUGGUAUUCAACCACAAUCAGGAACACCACAAUCAUUAAUUACAUUAACGGGCUCAUUUAAAACAUCAUGUUAUUCACGAGAUAUUGAAGGUUGUGCACAAGAUAAUAAUCCACUUAUUUCUCGAAUCUAUGUUGGCGGUCAUCUUUGCAAUGUUAUUGAUCAAUCAACUGGUUCUAUUUAUACAAAUGUAACUUCAACAAGUCUUACUUGUAAAUUCGAAGAUAAUGAAGUUGGUUUAUUCAAUAUUAGUAUGAUUGUUACAAAUGAAUAUGGUCGUUCAUUAACUAGUUCAAAUUUAUAUCGAGUAUCAGCUGAUGAAAAUUUAUAUACAUUUCAAAGCUAUGCCGUUAUUUCAAAUGUUAUGCCAAAUUCGGGUAGUACACAAGGUGGUACAAUAUUAACUAUCAGUGGUAAUUAUUUUAGUAAUAGUGCAACUUAUCCUUUGGUAGUUAAAAUUGGUGGAGAACCAUGUACAGUUUUAAGUUCAACAACAACAACAAUUCAAUGUCAAACACCCGUAGCACCACAAGGAAGUCAAAGUCAAUAUCAAGGUGGUCGUGGUUUACAAAUUUUUCGUACAUCAGGUUCUACUACACAGUCGACAUUAUCUAGUGCAAAUCCACCAACACCAACUGGUAAUGCGUUAUGGACAGAUGACGCUCUCUUUGUUUCAAGUUCAUCAUCAGCUGAAACAGUGUGGCUUAUUGGUUUUAUACGUUUACCUAAAACAGCUACAUAUACAUUUAUUUUGGAUACCAAUGGUAAUGCUGCUUUAUUUCUUAGUACAGACGAUAGUCCAACAAAUAAAGUAAAUAUUGCUACUGCAACUAGUACUCAAUCAACACCUAUUUCAUUAAAUAAUAAUACAAAUUAUUAUUUAUUUUGUGUUGGUUCUCGAUCAAGUGGAUAUUUACGAUUAGGUAUUCAAGCACGAAUGCAUGAAACAGCAUUAACAGCAAAAACAUCAAGUUUAAUACUAAAUGAAAUUCAACGUAUCGAUGUUACUUCUAAUGCUACUUCUGAACAACAACGAAUUACUUAUACAGUAAGUGCAUCAAAUGGAACAUCUGAAGUUCAAUCAUUACAAGUUGAUAAUUCAAUAUUUCAAAUUGGUUUUCGUGGUGUUUAUACAGCUAUUCAAAAUGGACGACCAACAGCUGUUGCUAUUCAAACAGCACUUAAUGAUUUACCAACUAUAUCUCCAUUAACAGUAUCAGUUUCAGCAACAAGUACACUUUAUAUGAUAACAUUUCCAGCUGCAAUGGGUGAUGUACCUUUAUUAACAUGUAUAUCAACAUCACCAAAUACACCAAAUAUAAUUGAAGUUGUUCAAGGUAUUGGUUCAGGUUCAAAAAUAGCAUUUGAAUUAGAUGGACAAUUAACAGAUUAUAUUGAUUUUAUUAAUUCUAAUUUAACACAAGCAGAUCUUUAUCCAAUAAUAAAUAAUUUAUUUAGUAUUCAAUGUCCACCAUCAAUAAAUAAUGCUAAAUUAACAACAUCAAUUGUUUAUUUAGAAGAUUUUGAAACAAAUUGUAUUUAUGAUGAAACACCAAUAACAACAAAUGCAUUUUGUGGACAAUGUUCAUUAAAUGGUAAUACAUUAAUUAAUAAUAAUAAUAAAACUGGCAAUUAUUUAUGUUUUGCAUAUCGUAUACUUAAUAGUUAUGUUAUAUCAAUUGAUAUGGGUAUACAAAUAAAUGGUGAUACAACAACAACACUUUGGCCAAGUAUAUCAUUUUCACCAAAAUCUGAUAAACUUUGGCAUUAUACAUGUAUUGAUAUACGUGCUAGACUUCUAUCACAAUCAUCAAUUGAUUCAACUGUUUCAUCAAUUGUUAUAACAUAUGCAUGGCUUAAUAAGAAUAUAAAAAACAGUAUUUAUAUUGAUACUGUAUCAAUUCGUACAGCAUUACCACAAGGUUAUGAAGAUAUUAAUACAUAUCCAAUUGAUCAAUCAAUUAAUUCAUCAUGUGUUUUUCCAUUUUAUUAUAAUGGAAAUAGUUAUCCAGCAUGUACAUUAGAUAAUAAUAGUAUACCAAUAUGUGCUGAUAUUAAUAAUGUUACAUAUCAAUGUAAAAGUUCAUCAAUAGAAGGUGUACGAAGACUUUAUCCAAAACAUCAAUUAUCAUAUAAUACAUUACAAGUGGCAUAUUCAUCAAUUAAUUCACAAAUUACAACUAAUUUUCGAUAUAGUGAUUGUGUAAGACCAACACAAUUUGUUUCAUGGCCAUCAUCAAAUGCAACAAUAACUAGUUUAUCAACAGCAUCAGAUAAAGCUAGUGGAACAUUUGAUCUUGUAUUUAAUUCACAAACAUAUGCAUCAAUACCUGUUAGUAUUUCAGCAACAGAUUUAGCUAAUCAAUUACAAGCAUCAUCGAAUUUUGGCUAUUUAAAUGUAAAACGUUCAGGCGACUGUACAGGAUAUUCAUAUGUUAUUGAAUGGAUUGCUAAUGGUGGACAAAAAUCAGCUAUUUCAAUAACAAAUGCCGGUUCAGUUUUACCAUCUGGUACAACAGUAACAGCAACAGUUGUACAAUCAGGUGGAGUUCUUUUUAAACCAUUAUCAGGAGAUAUGACACGUACAUAUCAAGCUAAUCCACAGGUUGAAGUUUUUGUUGGGGGUUUUCCAUCACAAUGUUCAAGUAAUAGUACAUGUGAUUUUCAAUGGUUAUCAAGUCAAACUCCAACUGUAACAUCAAUUGUACAAAGUAGUAUGACAUUAACAAUUACAGGUACUGGUUUUAGUACAAUACCAAGUUCAAAUACAGUUAUUAUUGGAACAUCUGGUUCAUGUACUGUUACAUCAGCUACAACAACAUCACUUCUAUGUACAAUUGCUGCUGCUCCAUCAGGCACUUAUAAUGUUCAAGUUAAUGUUGCUGGUAAAGGUUUAGCAUCAAGUACAUCAAAUUUCACAGCAACUAUAUCACUUCAAGUUACAUCAAUUUCUCCAAUACAAGGAGGAGCUGGUGGUGGCUAUACAAUAAAUGUAACUGGAACAGGAUUUUCAUCAUCUUCAUCUGUUACAAUUGGUGGUAAUUUAUGUACAGAUCCAAUCAUAUCUAAUUUUUCAUUAAUAACAUGUACUGUACCACCUACAACAGUUUUAACAAAUACUCAAGUAUCUGUUGUUGUUACAUCGGAUUCAAAUACAGCUACAUCAUCAACACAAUUUACAUAUGAUGUUACUAAUACACCUUCAAUAACAUCAGUUAGUCCUAAUGUUGUAACAAUGUCUGCUGGUCAAUUAACAAUAACUGGUACAAAUUUUGGUAGUAAUUCAAUUUCUGUAUUAAUUGGUACAACAAAAGCUCAAGUUCAAUCAAUAUCAUCAACACAAAUCAUAGCUAAUUUACCAUCAUUAGCACCUGGUCUUUAUCCAAUUCGAGUUAUAACAACAAAUGGCUAUGCACGUCCAGCAUUACAAAUUGAAUAUCGUUUUUAUGUACAAACUGUAGAACCACACAUCGGUUCAUUAUAUGGUGGAAGUGAUAUUUAUGUACAAGGUGAAGGUUUUGAUAAUACAACAACAGUUUCAUUUACUGAUGGUUCAAAUGAUGAUGUAUCAUGUAAUGUUAUAUCUUUUCAAUCAAAUCAAAUUCAUUGUCGAACAGAAAAUGUUGCACCACGUGUUAUCAUAUCAUCAAAUGGUGUUGAUCCAACUUAUGGUAGUGGUUUUGCAUGGUCACCACAAUUUGCAACUGUCGAACAAGGUGCAAUUGUUGAAUGGCAAUGGGGUUCAUCAGCACUUUUAACAACAUUAUCAUAUAAAGUUCAACAAGUAACAAGUGGUUAUUCAACAACACCAUCAUCAGGUGGUUUUGAUUCAGGCAAUGCAACAGCAUCAGGAUCAUUUUCAUAUCAAUUUCAAAAUACUGGAACAUAUUAUUAUUGGACACCAGCUGUUGAUCAAUCUGGUUUAAUUGUUAUGCGUGGUGUUAUUAAUGUUAUUGCUGCUCAACCACGAACACUUACUGUUAAAGUAUCAUCAAGAUCAUUUACUGCUCAAUCAUGUGCUUUUCCAUUUACAUUUAAUUCUAUUACAUAUACAGCAUGUACGACAAAUAAUGACACGCAAUUAUGGUGUUCACCAACAUCAACAUAUACUGGUCAACGACUUUAUUGUACACCAAAUGCUGCUGUACCAUCAUCAUCAUGUGUUUCAAGUUUAUUAAUUAAUCCAAGUUCAUGUUCACAAACAGUUCCAUCAAAUGUUUUAAAAGUUUUAUUUACACCAUGUACAAUUGGUACAGUAACAUCAAUUUCACCAGUACAAGGUACAACAGGAACAACAAUUACAAUAAUAGGAACAGGUUUUAGUACAACAACAUGUGAAAAUAUUGUUCUUAUUGGAUCAUCAUAUCAAUGUCCAAUAUCAAGUGCAUCAACAACACAAAUUGUUUGUCAAAUUGGUUCAAAUUCUUUACUUAAUGGAAAAUCAAUUCAAAGUUUUAAUAUUAUUAGAGAUCGUCAAGGUUUCUUAAGUAAUAAUGGUCUUAUACAAUUUCAAUUUCAAGCAAAAAUUACCAAUGUAUCACCAUUACAAGGUUCAAUUGCUGGUGGUACUCAAGUAACAAUAACUGGUGAUGGUUUUAUACCAGAUGAUACACGUGUUUUUGUUGGAAGUAUUGAAUAUACAUCAUUAGCAACAAUAACUUAUUCACAAAUUCAAUUUAUAACUCAACAACCACCAUCAAAUUAUAUCGAUCAAACAAUUCCAAUAACAAUAUUAAUUGGUACAAAUCAAGCUGUAUGUUCAUCAGGAUCAUGUACAUUUAAAUGGGCACGAAGUGUAACACCAUAUCUAACAUCAGUUAGUCCAACAUCAAUAAAUGGUCCACAAACAUUAACUUUAACUGGUCAAAAUUUAGAAGCUACAGGUUCAAUUUCAUCAGCAAAUACUCAUGUAACUGUUGAUGGACAACCAUGUAAUGUAACAUCAGUAUCAAAUUCAUCAAUUACAUGUGCUAUUGGUAAUACUCAAGUUGGAGAUUAUUCAUUUGUUGCAUCUAUUGAUGGUGUCGGAACUGCUGUAUCAUCACCAAUUAUUACAUCAAUUGCAACUAUUUCAAAUGUUUCACCAACAUCAGGUAGUACAUAUGGUGGUGUUCUUCUUACAAUUAAUGGUAAUGGAUUUGCUCGUUUAUCAAGUAAUAUUCAAGUAACAAUUGGUUCAAGUACAUGUUCAAUAGUUGAAACAACACCUGGACAAGUUCAAUGUAUAGUUCCAACUCAAGGAUCAAAUACAUCACCAGCAACAAUUCAUGUUAUUUCAAAUGGUGUAACAUUUCCAGGCUCAUUUACAUUUACAUACAAUUCAGGUGUAACACCAACAAUAACAUCAAUUAGUCCAUCAUUUGGAACUGCUGGUCAAACAUUAACUAUUUCAGGUUCAAAUUUUGUUAGUGGUCAAACAAGUGUUUCGAUUGGUGGUGCAACAUGUACGAAUGUUAGUGUAUCAUCAUCAUCAUCAAUAACAUGUACAAUUAGUUCAAGUCCAGCUGGUAGUCAACCAGUUAUUGUUUCUGUUUCAUCAGUUGGUAAAUCAAAUUCUAAUAUUCAAUUUCAAUAUACUUUACAAGUUAAUAGUAUAUCACCAUCUCGAGGUAGUUAUGGUGGUGGUCAAUUAGUUACUGUUAAUGGUGAUGGAUUUAAUACAUCAAGUAUAAGUGUUACAAUUUGUAGUCAAUCUUGUCAAUCUAUAUCUGUUCUAUCAAAUACUCAAUUAACUUGUGUAACACCAUCGGCAAGUUAUUCUGCAACAGAUCAAUCAUGUAGUUUAACAGUUACAGUUGGAAGUUUAUCACAAAAUAUAACUUAUGUAUAUCAAUCAAAUUUAACAGCAACUAUUACAUCAAUAAGUCCAACACGAGGUGGAACUGGUGGUGGUACAUCAUUAGCAAUUACUGGAACAAAUUUUCCAACAUCAAGCAAUAGUGUAACAGUCAGUAUUGCUGGUGUAUCAUGUUCAAUUCAAACAGUUUCAUCAACAUCAAUUACUUGUUUAACAGGUAGUUAUUCUCAAACAACAGUUCAAGCACCAGUCAUUGUUAGUAUUGUUAAUGGUGGUAAUGCAAUUGGAUCGGCUCAAUUUCAAUAUAUUGAUCUUUGGUCAAGUCCAUGGACAUGGGGAGGUGAUUCACCACCUGAUGAAGGAACAAUUGUUUCAAUUGAUAGUGGAAAAACAGUUUAUUUUGAUACAACAACACCUAUUAUUAAAGCUAUUGUUAUUGAUAAUGCUUCAUUAAUAUUUGAUGAUAAUCAAGAUGUUGCUUUAAACGCUGAAUAUAUAUUAGUUGUAAAUGGUGGUCGAUUACAAAUUGGUACUGAAACUAAUCCAUUUCAACAUAAAGCAGUUAUUACAAUGUAUGGUCAUUUAAGAUCAAUUGAAUUACCAAUAUUCGGAGCGAAAGUUUUAGCUUUACGAGAGGGUAUUGUUGAUAUGCAUGGCAGAAAUGUUGUUCGAACAUGGGCACGUUUAGCUUCUACAGCUGCUGCUGGAUCAACUCAAAUAACUCUUCUUCAAAAUGUUGAUUGGUCAGUAGGAAGUCAAAUAGUUAUUGCAACAACAGGAGAUUAUUUAAGUCAAGGACAAAGUGAAAUACGUACAAUAACAGCUAUAUCAUCAAAUGGACUAACAUUAACAUUAGAUUCAGCAUUAACUUAUAGUCAUUUGGGUGUAACGCGAAAUGUUGGUUCAACAUCAGUUGAAAUUCGUGCUGAAGUUGGUCUUUUAUCACAUAAUGUUAUUUUUCAAGGUUCAACAACUUCAACAUGGAAUACAACAAUUGAAGCAUGUCCAACUGGUUUUAAUCCAGGUGAAUUUGCUGUUCAAACAUGUUUUCUUGGUCGAUAUGGUGAAGAAAUUGGUUCCGAUCAAUUUGGUGCAACAAUUAUGGCUAGUAGUAAUAUGGAUGAUAUUUCGGAUGGUGUGCAACAUGUUAUACUUCGCUUAUCAAAUAUUGAAGUGUUCAAUGGUGGUCAAGCUUUUCGUCUCGGUCGAUAUCCAGUUCAUUUUCAUAUGAAUGGAAAUAUGAGUUUAUCAUAUAUUAAAUCAUCUUCUAUUCAUCAAACAUUUAAUCGAGCUGUUAAUAUUCAUGCAAGUCAUUAUCUUACAGUUGAAAAUAAUGUUAUCUAUAAUAUAAUGGGUGGAGCGAUGUUUUUAGAAGAUGGUAUUGAAGUGGGUAAUAUUUUACGUGGUAAUUUAGCUGUAUUUGUACGAACAAGUUCAAGUUUACUUAAUGAAGAUGUUACACCAGCUGCUUUUUGGGUUACUAAUCCAAAUAAUAUUGUUGAACAUAAUGCCGUUGCUGGUGGUACACAUUUUGGUUAUUGGUAUCGAAUGCUUCGAACACCAGAUGGACCAUCAUUUGCAUUGUAUCCAAGUUCUUGUCCAUAUCGACAUCCAUUUGGUCGGUUUUUUAAUAACAGUGUACAUAGUGUUGGUCGUUUUGGUGUUUGGUUUUUUCCCGAAUAUUCACCAACUGUAGCUGGUAGUUGUACAAGUGAUACACCAUAUCAAGCUAUAGUUGAUGGAUUAGUUUCAUGGAAAAAUAAUCGUGGUAUUGAAUGGGUUAUGUCAAGCACAGUUCAAAUAAGAAAUACUAUUGUUUUUGAUAAUCAUGAUACUGGUAUUCGAUGUGUAACAGCUAUUAAUCAUCAAGCAACUGAUCUUCCAAAUCUUCGUAGUACAUUUUAUAAUGAAAAUAAUGGUUCAUCAGUUAUUAAUUCAAUUAUUAUUGGUGAUACAGGUGUAUCUGGAAGUUCAGUUGUGCCAGGUGAAGGUGGUCUUGUUGUUAUGUGGGAUCGUGGUCUUCGUGUAAGAAAUGUAACAUUUGUUAAUUUUACAAGUUCAAAUACACAAGCUAUUUAUGGACCAAUUAUUACCGGUCGUUGUAUGAUUUAUUGCGGAGGUUGGUUAACUAAAUUUUCUCAAUUAUCAUUUGUAAAUGUUCAAAAUCGUGGUAAUUUUCGAUGGUCAUAUGAUGGUUUAUAUCAAGAUGAAGAUGGUACAUUAUCUAAUGUUGCUGGUGGUAUAGUUAUGUCACCUGAUGGUCUUUGGAAUACAUCAAGUGCAUGCACAUCAACACCAAAUUUUCCUAAUGCUGUAACAUGUCCAUCAUCAGUAGGCAAAUGGAUUCGAUUUGCUUUUAAUAAAGCUAACCUUGGAGCUAAUGGUGAAGUUUUAAAUAUUUAUGAUACGUCAAGUCAUCAUACAGUUGUACUUAAUCUUCCAAAACGACUUACACAUACUAAAGGUUAUAUGAUGAAUUUAUUAACAAGACAAACUUAUUUAUUUCAAUUUCAAAAUGCUAAUAGUUCAGUUAAUUUAUCUUAUUCUGGUGUUGUUUAUGAUCUGGCACCCGGUGAUCAUCUUAUUGUUCUUCAUAACGUUGAUUAUAUGCCUGAUCGUGUCAAUACAAUUUCAGCUACAACAUUUACUGCUAUAUCAUCUGCGCCACUUACAACUGCAAGUAACAAUGGUGAUUGGUAUUAUGAUAAUUCUACACAUAUAUUUUCCUAUAUCGUUAAAAAUCCAUCGUCAAAUACUGUUUCAAUUGAUGUAUCAAUUGCAUUGAAUGUCGUCAAAUGUCGAUAUCCAAAUUGUGAAACACCAGCACAACCAGGUCUUGAAUUGCCAGCAACAGCACGACCAGAUGAUGCUUUAUAUUGGUCAAAUGAUUCAGAUUGGAGUUUUGCAUUAGAAGGUUAUGGUGGAUAUGGAAGUGUUAAACCUAGUGAUGAUACAAAUAUUUAUAUACCUCGUGGUAUUUGGCUUGUUGUUGAUUAUCCAUUACCUCGUAUUCGUUCAUUGCGUAUUGAUGGUGUACUGGAAUUUGAACAAGGUAUAAAUAAUACUCUUUAUGUUGAUAGUAUUCUUAUCAAUGGUGGUCAAUUAAUUGUCGGUUGGCCAAAUGAUCCACUUACAUCUAAUGUUGAUAUUAUUAUAAAUGGUUCAUCAUCAGUCAAUGUUUUAUUACCUAAUGAUGCUGGAUCAAUUGGACCUCGAGUAAUUGGUGUUUUAGGUGGUCUUGAUUUACAUGGUAUUUCACAUAAUGUCUCUUGGACUCGUCUUGCUACAACAGCAUUAGCAGGUCAAAAUUCUAUUACAUUAAGUGAACCAGUCGAUUGGGUAGUUGGUAAUGAAAUUAUUUUAACAACAACAGAUACAAGAAUUGAACAUGUAGAACGACAUACUAUUGCUAGUAUUGGUGGAGGUCGUACAACAAUUAUUUUAGUUAAUAAUCUUGCAUAUACACAUAUUGUCAUUCAUAAUGUAUUUCCUAAUGGUCAAAUGUAUCAUGUAGCUGGUGCUGUUGGUCUCUUAACAAGAAAUGUACGUGUUAUAAAUCGUAGUCCAGCAUCAGAAAAAUUUGGUUUUCGUAUACUUGUUACUGAUUAUGCAACAAAUGUUUGGAAUCCAGUUGGUUCUGAAUAUUUAUAUACAUAUUAUAAAGGUUAUGCACGAUUAUCUAAUGCACAAUUUAUUGGUUAUGGUCAAUUUGUUGAUGCUCCUAACUAUGAUAAACGUGAAGCAAUUCAUUUGUAUAAUCUUGGUGAUUGGAAUAUAUCACGACCAACUUAUGUUGAUUCAUGUUCAUUUGAUACUGGUUAUUAUUCAGCAAUUGGUAUAUGGGAUACAAAUGGUGUUCCAGUUACAGGAAAUGUUGUUUAUAAUACUUAUGAAUCAGCUAUUGUUGUUGCAGGACAAAAUAAUAUUAUACAAAAGAAUCUUGUUUCAACUGUAUAUUGGUCCGGUGUAGCUCAACCAGAAUAUGCUGAAUUUAAUACUAAUAAUGAUGGUGCAAUUAUGUCAAGAGAUGCUGUUAGUGUAAUCAUGAAGGACAAUUUGGUAUCUGGUGCACAACGUUUAUGUUAUCGUAUUCAAGGAAAUGCAUGUCCAGGAACUGUUUUACCAACUGGUAUGAGUAAUGAUUAUGAUAAUAAUGAAGCUCAUUCAGCUAUGUCUGGUGUUAAUAUUUGGCCUAUGGAUCUAGGCUUUGACUAUGAUACAAGUUGUGUAUUAUUCAAAGGUUUCAAAACUUAUAAAACAUGGUAUUAUGGUCUAUACAUCAAUACAGCACACAAUAUCAUUAUUGAUUCAUGUCAAGUAGCUGAUAGUAGUGUUGGUAUUUUUACACUUGUCAUUGGUCCUCCAGCUACAUCACAUCAAUUUGGUAACAAUUCAAUCACAAUACGUAAUUCAAUAGUUGCUGGUGCCAUAACACAAAACGAUUGUAGUGAUACUCCCGAUAGUACUACACUUAGUGAACGAUAUGGUUCAAAAGCCAUUCCUCUAGUAUCUGCAACAUCAUCAUCGGGAAAUUCAGGUGGUCGAACAGGCAUUACAUUUCCAUAUUUUUCACGUGAUAAUAUGAUGCCAACUCAUCCGUGGACAGGUAUUGGUGCCUAUCCAACCCUUGCUGGUAUAAUGACAAUAACAAAUGUGACAUUUGGAUUCUUUAAUGAUAUAUGUUCACGUCGUGAUAUAGCUAUUCAAGUAUCACAAAAUAAUGAUGAUGGUCAACAUCCAGUAGUAACAAGUCAAAUAUCAGUUUAUAAUACAUCAACAUCAAAUUUAAUUUUCAAUGGACGACCAAAUCUUGCAGCUGUUAAUCCAAGUGAUUGUGUUGAUAUGGAUUGUGAUGGUUUGAAAAAGAGUUUACUUACUGAUACUGAUGGUACUUUAUUUGGUCUGCCAUCAACUGUCUUUUCUGAAGCUGAAUAUCUUUGGGGUAAUUAA